AUGAAACUUGAACACCUGGCACACCAGAUCAAUUUGUCUAUCAAAAACAAUAAUGGAUCUCGUUUAGGAACGUUACUAUCGGUCAACGAUACGGAUCACGUCUUCGCACUGCGCAGAGAGAAUGUCGGGAGUACCCGGGAUGGGUUAACCCGCAAGUAUGCUACCAAGAUCGCUACGCCAUGGGAUGAGAUUUGUAUCGCACACUUGCUCGCGAUCAAUGCCAUAGAGGAGAAAAGAAUGGAAGAGGCAUACAAAGAACAAGCGCUUGUCGUAAACGCAUUUCUUCGUUUCUUUACAUCGCAAACAAAUUGGAUUCUUCCAGCUCUCUGGAUUGUCCUACGCGAACUGCGAGAUCUUGCACAUGAAGGGGACACGGAGCUGUAUAACAUGCACAAAGCGACGACAUGCUGCGAGGAUGCUGCAAGGAUCUGCAACAAAGCAUUCACCAGUUGCCUCACCGACAGGACGUCUCAGCCUACCGAGUCACGCAAGUGGGGCGUAUACCGCGCGGUGAAUAUCGUACUGAAGUGCUACUUCAAGGUCAACCGAACCAAUCUGUCUAAGAACGUUAUUCGAGCAAUCGAGGUUGUUACGGAAAUGCCUCCACUAGAGCGAUUCCCUACCGCAGAUCAGGUGACCUACAGGUACUAUCAAGGAUUGCUCGCUCUUCUAGAGGAGAACUACAUCAAGGCUGAAGGAGAACUCACCUUUGCCUUCGAGAAUUGCCAUCGUUCAGCAGUUCGUAAUCAAGAGCGCAUACUGACAUUCCUCAUACCUUUACGUAUGAUGAAAGGAAGUUUUCCCGCUCCUCGACUCCUUGCUCGGUUCCCAGCACUAGAAGAACUAUACGACCCAUUUAUACAAAGUAUCCGACAAGGCAACAUCGCGGCAUUCGACAAAGCCCUGCUUGAACUUGAGUCGCGACUGGUUCAGUUGAACAUCUGGUUAAUCAUCGUGAAGGCGCGAGAAAUCGUGAUCAGCCGGGUUUUCAAGAAGUGGUCAGUGCUCUAUCCUAUCUUUAUCACAAUUCUGAUACGCGACCACUCAAGUUGGUUGACUCUGGGCAAGGCGUCUCGCGUUCCUGUCCCUGCCUUUCAGGCGGAGCUCAAAGUGGCUGGGGAGCAGAUGGAUAUGGAAGGAGCAGAAUGUCUCGUUGCGAACUCAAUCUUCAAAGGAUAUAUCAAGGGUUAUAUCAGCCACGAUACCCAGCUCGUUGUGCUGUCCAAAGCGGAUCCAUUCCCGAGGUUGCGAGCAAGGGGUUUACGUAAUGGAGCCUAG